GCGCCGGCGGGUCGUCCCAGAGCCCCCCUUGCGGUCGGUGCGGCCCGGCGGCGGGGACCUUGGGAGCCCGGGAGUCCGCUGCAGCGGCUGCGGGAGGCCCCUGGUCUGCAGCUGCGGUUGCCAGGUAGGCGGGCGUGAGAGGCCCGAUCCUCCUGACUCUCGAGAGGCCAUCCCGUCGCCGGCGGCACAAUGCUGUCCCCUCAGAGGGCUUUACUUUGCAACCUCAACCACAUCCACCUCCAGCAUGUCUCUCUGGGCCUGCACCUGUCCCGCCGUCCUGAGCUGCGGGAGGGGCCCUUGAGCACGUCCCCUGCCCCAGGGGACACCGGGGGCAAGGAGAGCCGCGGCCCCUGCGGCGGGGCCCUGGUGGACGCCAAUUCCAACAGCCCGGCCGUGCCCUGCCGCUGCUGCCAGGAGCCCGGGCCCGGCGCGGAGAACCGGCAGCGCCCGGCCCGGGAGGAGGCGGGGGCCGCGUCCCCCUCGGACCCGGGCUGCUCGUCGUCGCUCAGCUCCUGCUCGGAUCUUAGCCCCGACGAAUCCCCCGUCUCCGUGUACUCGCGGGGCCUCGCCGGCAACGAGCACGUCCGCGCUCGGCCUAGCCCCCCCCUGGAGCAGGGCUCCCCGCUGGCCCCCGCAGGCCCCGGCGCCUGCUCCCCGGACAGCUUCUGCUGCUCGCCCGACUCCUGCUCCGGAGCGUCCUCCCCGCCGGGCCCGGGCCUGGACUCCAACCGCAACGCCCUGACCUGCCUGGAGCCCCCUUCCCCGGCGCUGGAGGAGGAGGACGGGGCUGCGGAGCAGGGCCUCCCCGCCUCCGAGCUCGCAGAGGCGGACGACGGUGGGAAAACCGGCGCUGGGAACACCGAACCCAGCUGGAAAAUAAACCCCAUUUGGAAGAUUGACACGGAGCCGGCGGAAGCCGGCUGGAAAAUCGCGGAGAACAAUAACUCUGGCUGCAAAAUCAGUGGGGACACUAACUCCGGCUGGAAAACGGAACCCGGAAAACUCGACUCCGGGCUUAAAACCGCCACGGGGGUAGCCGACCCCGGCUCGAGAGCUGAUGAGGGGAGAGCCGAGGCGGGGUGCAGGCGUGACGUCAGCGAGGAGCCCGCGGCCCGCAGGACCGUCACGUCCUUCCACGAGCUGGCCCAGAAGCGCAAGCGGGGCCCGGGGCUGCCCCUCGCGCCGCAGGUCAAGAAGGACCGCAGCGACUGGCUCAUAGUCUUCUCGCCCGACAGCGAGCUGCCCCCCAGCGGCUCUCUGGGCGGCUCCCCGGCGCCGCCGCGGGAGGUCACCACUUUCAAGGAGCUGCGGUCCCGGAGCCGCGCCCCGCCCCCGCCGCUGCCGCCCCGCGACCCCCCGGCCGGCUGGGCCCUGGUGCCGCCCCGGCCCCCGCCCCCGCCCGUCCCGCCACGGAGGAGGAAGAACCGGCCCGGGCUGCAGCCCAUCGCCGAGCGGCCGCCCGAGGAGGGCAGGCCGGGCAGCCCCGCGGCGGGAGAUGAGGCCCCGGCCGCCCGGGAGCCGGAGGAGCCUGGCGCGCAGGCCGGCCCCGGUGCCCUCCCGCCGCCGCCGCCGCCCCUCGCACCCCGGGCCGCGGCCGACGCGCGCCCCCUGCUGGAGGGCGCGGGCGCGGCGGGAACCCCGCCUUGGGCCGGCCCGCCCCGCGCGGGGCUGCGGCUGCUGCCGGUCCGCCUGUCCCCGGUGGGCGCGCACUCGCCCCCGGCCCGGGGGGCCCUGCCCUGCCUGGCCAGCCCCGAGCUGGCACUGCUGCUGUCCCCGCUCUUUCCCAGAAGCAGCACCUUCCCCGCCGCGGCCCCCCCGCCCCGCCAGGUGCCCGCCCCCCCGCUGCCUCCGCCGCCGCGCCCGCCGAAGGCCCCCGGCCGGACGAGGAGCCCGCCGCCUCCGCCCAGGCUACCCCGGAGUUCCUGGUCGUUCGCCGGUGCCCCCGGGGCCCAGCGACGGUGGAUGGCAGAAGCCCAGAGUGGGGCCGGCCAGCUGCAGGAGCAGAAGAAAGGGCUCCUGAUCGCCGUCAGCGCCUCGGUGGAUAAGAUCAUCUCGCACUUCGGGGCCGCCCGGAACUUGGUUCAGAAGGCGCAGCUGGGGGACAGCCGGCUGAGCCCAGACGUGGGGCACCUGGUGCUGACCACCCUCUGCCCGGCUCUCCACGCCCUGGUGGCCGACGGGCUGAAGCCGUUCCGGAAGGACCUCAUCACCGGGCAGCGCCGGAGCAGCCCCUGGAGCGUGGUGGAGGCGUCGGUGAAGCCAGGCUCGGGCACCCGCUCGCUGGGGACCCUGUACAGCCAGGUCAGCCGCCUGGCCCCGCUGAGCAGCAGCCGCAGCCGCUUCCACGCCUUCAUCCUCGGCCUCCUCAACACGAAGCAGUUGGAGCUGUGGUUUUCCAGCCUCCAGGAAGACGCAGGCCUGCUGUCCCUCCUCUACCUGCCCACCGGCUUCUUCUCCUUGGCGCGCGGCGGCUGCCCCGGCCUGUCCACCGAGCUGCUGCUGCUGCUGCAGCCGCUGUCCGUGCUCACCUUCCACCUGGACCUGCUCUUCGAGCACCACCACCACCUGCCCCUGGGCCCGCCCCCCGCCGCCCCCGCGCCCGGCGCGCCCCCCGCCCUGCAGCACACGGUGCGCGCCGUCCUGCACUGGGGCGGGCGGCUGGCCCAGAGCCUUCGAGGCGCUUCCGGGGAGACGCCUCCGGGCCCUUCGGCUCCCGCAAACCCCCCCGCACCUGGCGGCUGGUGGGAGCAGCUGACCCAGGCCUCCCGGGUCUACGCGUCCAGGGGCGGCGAGGGCUUCCCUCUCCCGCGGUGGAGGUCCUGGCGACCCGCCGCCGCGGCCGAAGGCGCACAGGACGGACCCCCGCCCGCGGAGGCGGCGGCCCCGGGCAGAGGCGUGUGGCUGGGGAGACUGUUCGGGGUGCCUGGCGGACUCUCGGACGCCGACGGUGGAAGCUUGAAGUCCAGGAGGCCGUCCAGCUGGCUGCCGCCCACAGUGAGUGUGUUGGCCCUGGUGAAGCGGCCGCCGCCCGCCGACACUCUGUCUUCUCCCGAGGAGCUUGAGGCCCCAGCCCCAAGCGCGGCGCCGUCCCGCAGGGCGGUGCGCGCGCUCUGCGACCACACGGCGGCGGCGCCCGGCCAGCUGAGCUUCCGGCGCGGGGAGGUGCUGCGCGUCCUGGGCACCGUGGACGAGGACUGGCUGCGCUGCGGGCGCGAUGGCGCCGAGGGGCUGGUGCCCGUGGGGUACACGUCGCUGGUCCUCUAGGCCGAGGGCCUCUCCGGCCGCGCCCCCCCCGCCCCCCCGGAACAGCGACCUGGGCGGCGCGACGGCGCAGAAGCAUCGGCCUGUCUGCACCACCUGCCCCCCCCCCGCCCCGCGUCCGUCUCUGCUGAUGUGACAGCCGCUCCCCCCGCCCCGACCGCGGCCGCGAGGUGAAAACCGCUCCUCUUCCCACCGCGAAAGGAAUCGCCCUCCGUCUGCCGCCUCUUCCCCCUCAAGGAGCCGCCCCUGCCCCCAGCGCACCAACGCCCCCGCCCCCCCCAAGGGCCGGGACCGCCCCCCCCGCCCCCCCGGAAGGGCCCGGCCUCCUUCCCGCGCAUGGACUCCUCGCGGCGCCCACGUUGCUUGUAUUUAUUCUGUGCCCCGGGCGCCCCUGCCGGGUGGGCCCGCGGUGCCCCGCCCCCCGCCCUCCUCCGUCCCAAUAAAGUGUGGGCGCUGAA